CAUCCUCGCCGUCGUCCAGGCAACAGGUCAGUAGAAUACGCCCCCUGCGUGACGCAAUGCAUGCCGGGACGUCACGCACCGACUAGGCGCCGCGGUGGAUGCCGGGACGAGUGAGGCGGCCUGACGGAGCCCGGGAUACUGGAGAGCGGAGCUCCGCCCCUCAGCUCUCCCCGGGAUACCGGUGUGGCCGGCAGGAGACACGGGAGCCGCUGAGGAUUAAACCCUGAGCUGCGCAUCGUGCGGUUCCCGGAGUCCUGCCGCUGCUUUGGGUACCUGCCUGCCGGUGCGGGGCUCCUACACUCACAGACCGGGUCUGAGCUGCACAAUUCUCACUCCCGGGAUCAAGACACGGCGGCAGCAAGAUGAUGUGUGAAGUGAUGCCAACAAUUAGCGAGGCUGAGAUGCCAUCCGGGGGCAAUGGAGGCCAUGGCUCCGGGUCUCCUUUACAGGCAGACUCCGAUUCUCAUUUUGAGCAGCUUAUGGUGUCCAUGUUGGAGGAAAGAGACCGACUGCUCGACACACUGCGGGAAACCCAGGAAUCUCUAGCAUUGAGCCAGAGCAAGUUCCAGGAAGCCAGCCAUGAGCGGGACUCUCUCCAGAGGCAGCUGAACACGGCCCUUCCGCAGGAGUUUGCCGCACUUACAAAAGAGCUAAAUAUUUGCCGAGAGCAGCUUCUAGAGCGGGAGGAAGAAAUAGCUGAACUAAAGGCUGAAAGAAACAAUACUAGGCUCUUACUAGAACAUCUGGAGUGUCUGGUUUCCCGGCACGAAAGGUCCCUAAGAAUGACCGUGGUGAAGAGGCAGGCUCAGUCCCCUGCUGGUGUGUCCAGUGAAGUUGAAGUCCUAAAAGCACUAAAGUCUCUGUUUGAGCAUCACAAAGCUUUGGAUGAAAAGGUAAGAGAGAGGUUACGGGUGGCAUUAGAGAGAUGUAGCUUAUUGGAAGAAGAACUGGCUGUAACACACAAAGAGCUGAUGAUUUCAAGAGAGCAGAAUAAUCAGAAGAAAAUAUUCAAUGACGGUACAGCCGAUGUCAACCACGAGCAAGAGAACGCACUUAACGCUAACGGGAAGAGAUCAUCAGAUUGCUCUAUAAAUCAUAAUGAGGACCUAUCUAAAGUGAUGGAGCUCCAGGAUAUCAUAGAGAAACAAACCAAGGAGCAAGUUCAAAUGAAGGAGCGCCUGGCUGUUCUUUCCAACCGGGUAACAGAGCUAGAAGAAGACCUCGAUACUGCAAGGAAGGACCUCAUCAAAUCCGAAGAAAUGAACUCAAAACUUCAACGGGACGUACGAGAGGCCAUGGCCCAGAAGGAUGACAUGGAAGAGAGAAUCACCACUCUUGAAAAACGCUACCUCGCCGCACAGCGUGAAGCCACCUCUGUGCACGACCUCAACGAUAAACUUGAAAAUGAAAUCGCUAAUAAGGAGUCUGCUCUGAGACAGAGUGAAGAGAAGAACCGGCAAAUCCAGGAGCGGCUUGAGCUGGCGGAGCAGAAGCUGCAGCAGACUCUGAGGAAAGCAGAAACACUGCCCGAGGUAGAAGCAGAACUGGCACAGCGAGUGGCUGCUCUUUCAAAGGCAGAGGAGAGACACGGUAACAUUGAAGAACGCUUACGCCAGAUGGAAUCGCAGUUGGAAGAAAAAAAUCAGGAACUGCAAAGGGCCCGACAGAGAGAGAAAAUGAACGAAGAACACAACAAACGCCUCUCGGAUACAGUAGACAAACUUCUCUCAGAGUCCAAUGAAAGGCUUCAGCUUCAUCUUAAAGAGAGAAUGGCUUCGCUGGAAGAAAAGAACUCUCUGAUCCGUGAAGUAGAAACGGCCAAAAAGCUUAUUGAUGAAAUCCAGCACGAGAAGGAUCAGCUGCUGCUGGAUAUAGACACCAUGAGGUCGGAAACAGAGCAAGUCAGGAUAAGGGCAGCUUCCCUUCAUCACAGCCGGCCUCACCUUGGCAGUGUGCCCGACUUCCGUUUCGCUCUGGCUCCUUCCUCCAUGUCUGAUCCCCAUUCGGACUCCUACAGCUCUUCUCUAGUCCUGCGUAGGCCUCAGAAAGGCCGUCUGGCCGCCUUGCGGGAUGAGCCAUCCAAGGUACAGACCCUCAAUGAGCAGGAUUGGGAGAGGGCUCAGCAGGCGAGCGUUCUUGCCAACGUUGCACAAGCAUUUGAGAGCGAUGUAGACAUUUCUGACAUAGAAGAUGACAGAGAGACCAUAUUGAGUUCAGUGGAUCUGCUGUCGCCCUGCGGCCAGGCCGACGCACAGACCCUUGCUGUCAUGCUCCAAGAGCAGCUGGAUGCUAUCAAUAAAGAAAUCCGAUUAAUACAGGAAGAGAAGGAGACCACAGAGCAGCGAGCAGAGGAGAUUGAAUCCCGGGUUGGGAGUGGGAGCCUAGAUAAUUUGGGCCGUUUCAGGUCCAUCACUUCAAUUCCCCCUUUUACUGGUGGUACUUCUCUUGCCGGAUCCUCUCCUCCUGGCAGUGGUCGCUCAACUCCAAGAAGAAUACCCCAUAGUCCAGCCCGGGAAGUGGAUAGGCUGGGUGUCAUGACACUGCCUUCAUCUUCUGACUCAGUUCCCAGUGUGUCUGUAGUUCAUUCAUCCAGCUCCCCUCCUAGCAAUUCCCCCUCCUGCCCCGACUCAUCUCACUCAUCCCAGCCUCCAGGUACGAGAGAUGACAGUCGGGACGACAAGGCCACAAUCAGAUGUGAAACCUCCCCACCCGCCUCCCCCAGAUCUUUGCGUUUGGGCGCAGUGCAUAAAGGAGCCCUGCACACUAUGAGCCAUGAAGACAUUCGGGAUAUUAGAAAUUCCACAGGCUCACAGGAUGGCCAGGUGAGCAACCCCAGCAGCAGUAACAGUAGCCAGGACUCCCUGAACAAAGCACCUAAGAAGAAGGGGAUCAAGUCAUCCAUCGGCCGCCUCUUUGGGAAAAAAGAAAAGGGCCGUCCAGGGCAAAUGGGAAAAGAGGCACUUGGACCAGGUGGCAUUCCAGAGUUUGAGAACUCUUCGCAGGAAUCCCUUGGGCUCAGCAAGCUGGGAGGGCAGACCGAGAAGAACCGGAAGCUACAGAAGAAGCAUGAACUUCUGGAGGAAGCUCGCAGGCAGGGCUUGCCAUUUGCGCAGUGGGAUGGGCCCACAGUGGUGGUCUGGCUAGAGCUAUGGGUUGGGAUGCCCGCCUGGUACGUGGCCGCUUGCAGGGCUAAUGUGAAAAGUGGUGCAAUAAUGUCCGCUCUGUCUGAUACCGAGAUCCAGAGGGAGAUCGGCAUUAGCAACCCCUUGCACCGGCUCAAACUGCGACUCGCCAUCCAAGAGAUCAUGUCUUUAACCAGCCCGUCUGCCCCUGCCACUUCUAGAACGUCCACGGGAAAUGUCUGGGUAACUCACGAAGAAAUGGAAACCCUUACCGCCUCACCACAAACGGACGAUGAGGAGGGAAGCUGGGCUCAGACGUUGGCCUAUGGCGACAUGAACCACGAGUGGAUUGGGAACGAGUGGCUGCCCAGCUUGGGGCUGCCUCAGUACCGCAGCUAUUUCAUGGAGUGCCUUGUCGAUGCCAGAAUGCUGGAUCACUUGACUAAGAAGGAUCUCAGGGGGCAGCUAAAGAUGGUGGAUAGCUUUCACAGGAACAGUUUCCAGUGCGGGAUCAUGUCCUUGCGGAGGUUAAACUACGACCGGAAGGAGCUUGAAAGGAAACGAGAGGAAUGCCAGAACGAGAUAAAAGAUGUACUCGUCUGGAGCAACGAACGGCUGAUUAAUUGGCUGGAGUCCAUUGGCCUGAAAGAAUAUGCAAAUAACCUUCUAGAAAGUGGGGUUCACGGUGCUCUGGUUGCCUUAGAUGAGACCUUCGACCACAAUACGUUGGCUUUGUUAUUACAGAUCCCCACCCAGAACACUACGGCACGUGCAAUGUUGGAGCGGGAAUUCAACAACCUUCUCAUCAGAGGAACAGAUAGAAGAUUUGACGAUGAUGAUGAUAAAAGCUUUAGACGAGCGCCAUCAUGGAGAAAGAAAUUCCGACCAAAGGACGUUCGAGGGUUAAGCGCCGGCUCUGCAGAGACUCUCCCUGCCAACUUCAGGGUCAACUCCUCUAUGUCCUCCAUGUCCUCCAUGUCCUCCCCUUCUAUGCAGCCAAAGAAAAUGCAGAUGGAUGGCAAUGUGUCUGGGAUACAAAGACUGGAUUCCGCCACGGUCAGGACAUAUUCCUGCUAACGAUGACUUUUGUUUACCCACACUACUUCUACAGAUGAUUAUGCAACGUUGGAACGCGACGUGAUUUCACAUUUCCAGACCUGGGAGAGAUCUCACUACAAAGAAAAAAAACGAACUAUUCAGACACUUUGAGAUAUUUUAAUACAGAGUUUUUAAUUAGCGAUUAAAAUCCUAGUUAGGGGAAAGAUUUUAGAGUCUACUGUUUGUUAUAUUUCUGUACACUUCUUUCUGUAACUCAUUUUUCCAUGUAAAAUUCAACCCCCCCCCCUCAGUAUCUGUGCUCCGCUGUCCCCGUAUGUUGGUUAUUUUUCCCCUUUACUCCUCCCCUUUUCGAAUGUACUGUAACUCCACCCACCGAGUCCCUGCCGCCCAUCACCCAGGGCUUUGUAAAUGAUCAUUGUAUUGUAAUUUAUGGAUAGAUUUCGUACUGAACCUGAGCAAACAAAAAAAAAAAGUGGGUUUUUUUAAUUAUAUUUGUACAGUCUUAUUAGACCGAGAAAUGUUAUAUUGUAAAUUAAAGGUAUUACCUGGUACAAAGACCCCCAGCUUUUUAACUAUGGAACCGGCUAAUCACUUUUUUUUUUUUUUUUUUCUAAAGGGGUUUCUGGCACACAGUUUUGGCAGCUGCGUUCUCAUAGGCUGAAGUAAGAUCACCACUAGGGGGAGCCACAAGCAGAGCGUUUGCAAGUCGUAACAGGUGGUGUCAGAAAUAACCCCAUGUCGUGUAGAGCCAAUUUUCAGUUCAUAUCCCCCUGUGGUAGAAAGUGGGGUCAACCAUUAAGGAUCUGGUGUGACAAAGGGCUUCUCUGUCAGUAACGUAAUGCGCUCUAUAGGGCAACAUGGCGGCAUCUUCAUGCUACAAUGUCUAGUGCUGGUUUUGCGCUUAAGAGGACUAUUCAACUGGGAGAGUGACCAUUUUUAAGGACCCCCUAACUACUAAUCUUGGACUCUGGGGUUCACCAUCACCAACAUCUCCAUUUGGAUUCCUUGUACCCCAGUGGGCUUGAACGCCUGCAGUGUAGUAAAGUUGUAAAGAAUUCCUGUAGCGAGCGUUGCAGUGCAAGGGAACCCUGGGAAAACUGUUCUCUAAUGGAACAGUCCGGGGUUCCGGGUUAAUGAUUAAAGUCAUUGGGGUUCAUUUAUAAACACUGGGCACAUGGUAACCCAUAACAACCAAUCAGCAAUUGGCUGCAGGUUGAAUAAUGAAAGCAAUUAUUUUAUUGGUUACUGCCUAUUGUUUAUAACUGAGCCCCAUUGGCCAACAGCUAACAUACUGGUAGCCACUUUAGUAGUCCCUACCCUAUCUCCAGAAUGUACCUAGGGCCCCUUUAUGUUUUAAAUAAAUAAAAAAUAUUCAACUUUCCCUUUAAAAUAGGUGUCCAACAUUGGGGGCCCCCGUUUAUUUUGUAAUUGCCCCUACCCUCAGGGCUGGGGGUGGUACAAGGCUGCAAGACAAACAGUAUCUCUAGCCUAUCACAGCCUUGCGCUAAGCUCAGAACAAAUUACUUACUAAUGGGAAAGUGAAGAAGGGCGGAGCCAGAGUCAUAUGACUCAGCAGUUGGGGGGGCAAGGGGGUUCUUAUUUACCCCAAUAACAGCACCAAGCAGGGUUUGUAGCACGCUGACAGAAUAUUGCUGUUAUCAAUGUCACUGCCCCAUUGGCUAUGUACCUUUUUGCUGAAAAAUCCAUAAUUGGAGCAUUUUGUGGGCGUAUUUGUGCCGCCGGCCUGUAGGUUAGGCGCUUUGUUGAGGACCAAUCGGCAGCUCCGUCAGUGAGCUGUUACCCCGCGUCACAGUGCAGCCUGAUUUACUAAGGGCCUUAUGACUUUUCCCCUUUCCUUUCUGUGCGUUUUCUCUGCUUGUUUGUAUGUACAUGUUCAGCCAAUCAGGACUCCCCGAGCGACGGCGGAACGGCGGAGCAGGAAAGCGAGAAAGCGAUCUCCUCUGAUCAGGAUAUAUUAUUUAUUACCAGCCUCGUCUCUUUAUGUUGGAACUUUUAUUUGUCGUGUAUAAAUUUGGAUUCAUUGUUACAUUUUCUAAUCCUGUUUAUUGUUUGUUUGUUUUUUUUGUGUAAUUGCUGAUUAUGUAACAAAGUAUGUACAGUCUAUGUACCUUUUGGACUAUUUUUAUCACAGUAUUAUUUAUUGCUUUCUUUCAAUAAAAUACUGAAGCAUUUUCCACUGCCAAUAAAAAAGCUGGAAAUAAUUAAAUGCAAAUGUGAUUUAAAGC